AUGGAGGCUCCUUCCCAGAAACGGGACAUCAAUGAGCUCCUGACCACGGGAUACUUCAAGACAACGAGGGGCAAGAGCCCGUCGGGAGCUCCUACCUCGAGCAACGCGCACUCAUUCCUCGCAGCCUCUCACGAUGCCCCCCGCCAGCGCAGUCAAAGUCGAAACCGAAGCCCUCGCAGACGACUGCCUCCGCCUCCUCAGCCUUUCGUAGAAGACGAGCUGAAAUCUCUGGCCAGAGAGUCCUCUGCUUCUAUAAUUCCCUCGUACGACCCCCCGCUGCGGGGUAUCAUCGAGCAAAAUCCGAUUAUACUCGAGGCUGGUGUCACCAAGGACGAGGCUGCCAGAUUACAAACACAACCCUGCCCUGUGGAGAAGGACACAAACCCGGAAAGACGAUUCGUAUUGAUCCCCAAGUCCGAUACAUACUCUCCGAACGAAGCAGAAGAAGAUGAACCGAUGCGGAGGGAAAGGGAGAAGCCUCCAAGGCAGGAGGAAAGAAGGGAUACAGGACGCCCACCUAUCGAGAGACGAAGAAGCCGGCAAGACCUGCCAUCUCUCGAGACAAAAAUCCCCAGAGAAAUACCGCCACAAUACCGCCGAAGCACCUCUGCUUACGCUUCGAGUCCCAGAGAUAAUGAUCGGAUUCCCCAACCUAGCCCCUUUCGGAAGUCAGAAUCUCUACUGCUGUCACCAGAGAUUGCCAGGGGGAGCAAGGAUUAUUUCGGACAACCUCUCUCGCGCCAUGACAGCCAUGGUGCGCGAACUCCCACUCAUGUUGCAGACAAGCGGGCCAGCGGGGGGAGUUACUCGGCCCGUCCCGUAACACCCACAUCCGAGAAACGCCCCCAUGGCGAGUCUGGCACUCGAUCAAGGAGAAAUACAGGGGAAAAGAUGACGAGGCCCCAGCAGUUGUCGGCAGAGUUUAGUGACAAAAGAUCGGAGAGACAACAUUCGCCGAAUUCGGCUCGCUCAUCAAGGUCUUCAAACCAGUCCGCGAGGCGGUACUACAGCAGUAGUGAAGAUGAUAUCGCUGAUAGUGGCUCGGACAGAGAACGCAGACGGCGUGGGGACACCGGCAAUGGGCAUGACAGACGCCGUCGAUCUCCGUCCAGAUCUAAUAGGUCGUCAAUUGAGGUCAAACCUCUGUCUGUGACAUCCCCACUACUACCUUCACCGAAAGUCUCACCAAGCCAGAUACAAAGAGGAGACCCAUUUGAGAGGAGUGAAAUAUUUCCAAGGGAUCCACGAAACAGAAGGAAAGAUCAGAACGAUUCGCGAGAUGUGUCUCCCUUCUCUCCUGCAGAGGAUGCUCCACGUGCAGACCGACUGAACCCCAUUGAUCCUCGACCUUCCAAGUCUCGCCAGCCAAGUGCAGGCCCUUCUACAAAGGCACCGGCGCCGCCUCCGCACUUAGUUCCGAUUCCAAUACCUUCCAAUAUCGGUCUUCAAUCACCUGGUGAUACGAGAAAGACACCCACAUAUGCAUCUUUUGACGAUAAGACACCUGCUGCGUCUAUGCCUCCGCCGACAGCGCCGUACUGGCAGCCGCCACCAUUCCAACCAGGCAACCUUGAAAAGCCGGUUGGCUCUUAUCGCCGAUUCUCAGAAGAUAUUGAGAGAGGCAGCGUUGCACCAUUGCCUUCUUGUCCUAGAAUAGCCCCCAGUCAAGGACGAACUGACUGGCUUACCUUGCCUCACUGUCCACGCUUCGACAUCUGUCCUUCUUGCUUCAACUCAAUCAUAGCUCCGACAGAAUUCCGGCAUCUCUUUAUCCCAUCACCUCGUCGCUCUCCAGAUACCGAAGUCCUCUGCGACUUUGGGAGCUCGCCGUGGUAUCGAAUCGCGUGGCUGCUGACACUAAAGGAGAAACGUAGAGAUCUGAAGCUAUUCUACGGACUCGCUGACAUCGCUACGAAAGUCCAGCCCUGUCUUGGUAAACACGAAGCAGUCCGGCAAUGGCAUUCCAUCAUUGAUCCUAAGACACGGGCACCUGUUCCGGGCUUCAGUGUCUGCUACAGCUGCGUCAAGAGCGUCGAGACACUUCUUCCAGCACUUCGAAAAAUUUUCGUCCAAGUAGAUUCCCACAGAUCGACAACAGGCCCUCGCGUCUGCAGCUUGAGAUUCGACAGCAAGCGCUUCAUCGAGUAUUUCGACGCUCUCGAAACGACAGCAGACAGAGCAGACUACGACGACCGCGAUCCCGAUAUGCGAGACGUUGCAAGCCUCGCUCGCAGAAUGGCAAGCAUGCCCGAAUGCCAACACGACAAAGAGCUCAUCGACCGCAAAUGGCAUAUCAUCACCCAGCUACCUGAGUUCACCGUCUGCGAAGAAUGUUUCGACGAUGUCGUGGAGCCGGAACUGGAAGAGCGGAAAGCAAUUCCUCUCUUGUUCAAGCAGACGUUACAGCGGAUCCCGAAGGCGAGCUGUCAAUUGUAUAGUACGAAGAUGAGGGGGAUCUUUAGGUUGGCAGUUGAUAGUGAUGAUUACAAGUUGUUGGCGGCGAAGGCGAGGGAGCGAAAAACACUUGAGUUGGCUUACAAGGCGAACGUUGCGGAGUUGAGGAGGAGUAGGGGGGGUCCGAUUAUUGAGAAUGAGAUGAGGCGGAUCGCGGAGGAGUGGAAGAAAUGGGAAUAG